AGUCCGCUGUCGGUCCUGCGGAGACAUUAUCGCAACAUGUUCUCGUGGGGAGAGGACUGUCAGCGGGGCUUCAGGCUGAAGGACGGCCCGGGCACCUGCAGCACAGCAGAGGACGGAGUCCAUCACCUAAACCUCGGUUAUCAGAUCAGGGACCUGUCAGCGGGUCUCAAUGUGCUCGCUUUCGCCAAAACCAAUGGGGGAGCCUUCAUCAUUCGCACAAACGAGAACGACGGGAGAAGAGUCAGAGGAAAACAGAAGUUUGUGAAGUGUAAAGAGAAGUUUCAGGCAGUGAGUUGUGGUGAUGAUAUGGUCACACUGCUCUCUGAGGGAGGCAGAGUCUACUCUGUGGACACAACUCGACCUCCUUUCAAUCCAAGCCCACUGAAUACCUUGAGUAACAUACCUGUCUCUCAGGUUGCUUGUGGGAGCCAGCACUCAAUGGCCCUGACCAAAGAGGGUCAGGUGUACACAUGGGGCCAGGAUUCCAGGGGCCAGCUGGGUCUGGGAAAGAGGAGGCUCGGAGCCUGCUCGCCCCAACACCUCAGUUCUCUGUCAGCAAUCCCCCUGGUUCAGAUCGCUGCAGGGGGAGAGCAGAGCUUCGCCCUCUCUUUCUCCGGAGGUGUGUUCGGCUGGGGCAGGAACGACUGUGGACAGCUCGGGCUGGGAGACACAACAGACAGACACACACCAACUUCUGUUCACUGCUUGAACCUGAAGAAAACGGUUCACAUUUCCUGUGGAGUGGAUCACACUGCCAUUUUGACAAAGCACGGUGCAGUGUUCACAUUUGGCUCUGGUCACUAUGGACAGCUUGGGCACAAUUCAUUCAGUCAUGAACUUCGUCCUCGUCUUGUUGCGGAGCUCUUGGGGGCAAAUGUCACCCAGAUUGCAUGUGGACGACAUCACACAUUAGUGCUGACAGACUCCAAGAAGGUUUACUCCUUUGGGUGUAGAGAGCAAGGGCAGCUGGGACAUGGAGAGGAGAGUCAUCCGUCUGUCCCACUACCUGUUCAACUGCCACAAGACAGCGGGAACGUUCCCAAAAUUAGAAACAUCUUCGCUGGAGGAAACUGUUCAUUUGCAACGUGCACACCUGUUGAGGAAGUUGAAGCGGAGUCAAACACUGACAGUGUCAGUAAUGUAACACAGCAGUGUCUUGAUGACCUGAUUGACAAAUGGACCUCUCAAUGUGAUUCAAAGUCAUGGAAAAAGACAAAACAGGAAAUCCACAGGACCUUUUCCUCUGCAUCCUGUGUGAAUAAAAGCUUCCUUGAGCUAAGAAAAGAUAAACAUUUCCAGACCUCACCAAAGUACCCUGGCUUGAACUUGUCACUUGCACGACUUGCUUUCAAGAAACUUGUAAAGAAGGAUGAUGUUUUUGCAGAGGUUGAGACUGCAGUCAUGCAGUUGCUUCAGUCCAUUGAAAAGAAACCAGUGGGAGUGGAGGGACUGAGGAUCUUCCUGCUUCUCAAUGAGCUUCUUCAUGUGAUCCAGAAACACAAACGGCAACAGAGCACAAAGCUUGCUGAGGCAGUGGCUGCUGCUGUGCUAAGCUUGCCUGAUGAAAGCAUUCAGGUCAUAGGGGACUGGUGGUCCUCACUGUCGGCUUCCACCAUGGUUAAAUAUGUUAAGGUGUGGAAGAAGGCCCUGUCAGUCAUCCUGUCGUUUAAGCCUGUUCCUCGCAACUCUGGAAUCAGAAAUCUGCUACAAGUCCUCCAGUAUAUGUACAAUGUCAACUGCAGGAUUGCAGAAUCUCGAAGGAUGCCAGACAGUGAUUUUUGUUUGCUGAUUGAUGAAAACUUUCUUCUUGAGGACCUACAGCUUUGGCGUUCACGGUCAAGACUCAGGAGUGUGCACACUGAGCCACUGAUCCUUUGUAGCUUUCCGAUUGUGAUGGAUCUACAGUCAAAGAAACUGGUGUUUGACAUGAAUGCUGAGUUCACUAAGAUUGAAACAGUGAGGGGCAUCAUCCAGGAUUUGUUUUGGGAGUUUAUAUUCUUUCAACCAAAUCCACAACACGUGUACCUUGUACUGGAUCUGAGGCGAGCAUCGAUUUUGGACGACACCUUUGAACAACUGGCUGCUGCUCAACACAAUUACUUCAAGAGGCCACUUGUGGUCUGUUUUGACGCAAUCCGUACGAUUGAUGCCGUCCACACCAAAGACUUUUUUUAUGAGGUCUUUCAUGAGCUGUUGUCAGCUGAAUCUGGGAUGUUCAUGUUCAAUGACUCGGAAACACUGGCAUGGUUCCCGUCCAAUCCUACACGGGAGCACCAGAGAUACUUCCUGUUUGGGGUUCUGUGUGGAUUGGCUUUGUACAGCCAGUGCAUCAUACACUUACCCUUCCCAAUGGCUCUGUUCAAGAAGCUGCUUGGUGUACAGCCGUCACUGGAGGAUAUGAUGGAAUUCAGUCCAAUUGUUGGACAGAGUCUGCAGUACAUCCUGGAAGACUACCAAGAUGAUGACCUAAAAAGACUGUCCAUGGAUUUUUUGAUUGACUGGGAUGGGUCCAAGGUUGGCCUUGAUCCAGAAAAUCCUGAAAAGCCAGUGACAAGUCAAAAUAAGAAGGCGUUUGUGGAUGCCUAUGUGAAUCACGCCUUCAACACAUCCGUGGAGAGUGUGUUUCAGGAGUUCAAGCGAGGCUUCUUCCAGAUGUGUGACCGGGAUUUAGUUAAGCUGUUCCAGCCAAAGGAGCUGCGCAAAGUGCUGGUGGGCAAAGACUUCCAUGACUGGGAAAGGCUGAAACAGAACACAAGCUAUGAGGGAGAGUACCGUGUUGACCAUCCCAACAUACAGAUGUUUUGGGAGGUUUUUGAUGAACUAACUGAGGAUCAGAAGAAAGCUUUCCUUUGGUUUGUGACAGGUUUUGAAAGAGUGCCCAUUCACGGCCUGGAAAACAUCAAGAUGAUAGUCAGGCCUAAACCAGUUGGGGACCUCUCCAACGAUCAGUACUACCCCGAGACACACACAUGUUUCUCUGGCCUGGAGCUGCCCUUAUACUCAACCCAGGAGAUUAUGAAAACCAAGCUGACAGAGGCCCUGAGCAACAAGAGAAGAAGCUACAAGUGAUGUGUGAUGUUAAGUGUCUGUACUGAAGGAAACCUUAACAUCAUCAUAGCACUUAGCAAAUGGCUGACCAAAGACCAGCCUUUGUAACUACUGCUUGUGUACCUAUGUAUAAGUAAACCUGAAGGGUUUAUCAAGUAUUAAUGCCUCCUAGUGAAAUAGUGAAAACACUGAUAGAAAUUGUGUAAAUAAGUGGCUGGGAAGUCUUAAGUAAGUUAUUUUACUUGUUUAUUUUUAUUUGUUUUUCCAAGUUUUACAUCCUCUUAGGAAAUAUAGACUGUGAAUAUUUGUGUUUUUUUGUUGAUUACGAAAGGUUACACACUAAUUGCACGCAGUGAAGCAUAAUUCUCUGCAUUUGUACAGACUGUCCACUAUAAUGUAAGAAAGUAUUUGUUAUAUGUAAAUUAUGUAUUUUGUCAUUUUCAGAUUGGAGCAAUAAAAAUACAUCUGUCAGUGUUUCAGUUGUGGAAUAACACAAUAAAAACAUGACAUUGAUAUACCUUAAGAUGGAAAUAAAUACUGCACUGUUCAGCUGUUAUAGUAUUAAAAGUCAAGUACUGCUCUGCGGUUUUUGGAUAUGGAUUUCCAGCUACUUAUUCUUUGCCAUUUCCCUUUGCAACUAAUCUGAAGCCAAAGAAAUGGCUUCUGACAUGCUCUC